ACGGGAAUCGGCCAAUAGGAGUGAGGAGUGUCGGUCGGUAUUUACUAUUUAGAUAUUCUUUUCUAUGGUCAGUCGCGAAGUGGCCCGUCUCGUUUUGCUGUAUACUGUGUACUAUUGUAUCUAAUGCUCGUACUCGGUGUGCUCUCACAGUCUGUGUGCAUUUUAUAGUUACGAAAAUUAUUUGUAUAAUUACGCACUUGAUUGAUCGCGAACACGAGUCCUGUGGACCUGCAGGCUCCUCGGACAGCUAAAUUUAUUAUUGUCGCUGUAAUCCUUUCGGCGUGCUGAUGAUAUCAGCGGAAAUCUUUUGAAGGUUUAAUGGUAAUCAUACUGAAGAAAUAAAUGAUUUUUGAUCUGAUAAAUCAUAGAAACUAAUAUGGAUUUAGAUUCAUUGGAAGAUCAUAACAACUCUAAUUAUUGCAAAAGUAGUCAAAUAAAUGUCAUUAGUAGUACAAGUGGUACAGAAGUUACCAAAUUAAAUGAAUCUACUUCAACUAAAGUACAAGAACAAAACAAAACUGAAAAAUUUGAAAUUCUUGAAAUAUCUAAACUACAGGUGCCAGUAAAGCCAUUUAUUGCAACUUCUUCUGUUAUAAAUUCACCUAAAAUAAAUGAAAAAAAUGUAGAUCCUCACUACACAAGUAGUUCACUAGAUAACAGCAGUAGUACAAGUGGUAUAGAAGUUACCAAAUUCAUUGAAUCUACUUCAACUAAAGAACAGGAACAAAACAAAACUGAAAAGUUUAAAAUUCUUGAAAUAUCUAAACUACAGGUGCCAGUAAAGCCAAUUAUUGCAUCUACUUCUGUUAUAAAUUCACCUAAAAUAAAUGACAAAAAUAUAGAUCCUCACUUCACAAGUAGUUCACUAGAUAACAGCAGUAGUUCAAGUGGUAUAGAAGUUACCAAAUUAAUUGAAUCUACUUCAACUAAAGAACAAGAACAAGACAAAACUGAAAAAUUUAAAAUUCUUGAAAUAUCUCAACAACAGGCGCCAGUAAAGCCUAAUAUUGCAACUACUUCUGUUAUAAAUUCACCUAAAAUAAAUGAAAAAAAUAUAGAUGUUACCAAAUUAAAUGAAUUUACCAUAACUAAAGUAAAAGACAUAAACAAAAUUGAAAAUUUAAAAAUUGUUGAUAACAACGAUGUUGAAAUAUCUAUACAACGGGGUGUGCCAUUUACGAAAAUGAUUGCAACUACUUUACUUAUAAAUGCACCUAAGAAAAAUGAGAACCAUAAAGAGCCUCUUAAUUCUCAUUCUGACUUGAGCACUUUAUUGAAUAAAAACAAUAGUACAUGUGGUAUAGAAGUUACCAAAUUAAAUGAAUCUACAUCAACUAAAGUACAAGAACAAAACAAAAAGGUAAAUUUUAGAACUGUUGAUAAUAAUGAUGUUAAAAUAUCCAACCAACAGGUGCCAUUAAAGAAAAUGAUUGCAACUAAAUUAGUUUUAAAUACAUCUCAGAAAAAUGAAAAUAAUAUAUAUCUAAGACCAAAUAAUUUUUCUUUAAAUUUAGAAAAAAUUGCUGUUCCGAAAACAGUUCUUUCUAAUAUAAAAUUAAUUCCUCCAACUUUGUCUAACCAAAUUAAAACAUCACCAACAAUUGCUUUAAUGCCCGCAACUACACUCAUCAAUCCAAAAACUACAAUUAUUACAAGGUUACAACCGAAGUUAUAUCCUGGUGAAAUUGCUAAUAAUAAAUGUGUUCCAACAUUGAAACCAGGGUUCAAAAUAAUAUCUUCUAAUGACCCAAAGUCAAAAAUGUUUUUAAUCCCAAAAGGAGUUAACUAUAUAAUAAAAACAAUAAAUAAAGAAGAGGUUAAAAACCAAUCAUUGCCAAGUUUUAAUUCUGCAUCAACUCUGUCAAAACCAUUAAAUUCUAUUAUACCAAUAUCAGUUGCUGAAAAGUUUAAUACAAUUGAAAAACCAAAAAUUCAAAAUAAGAAUUCAAAAUUUGUUGUUAGCUGCAAGGAAUUUCAGAAUCAAAGAUUCAAAGUUCUAUCAGAUAAAAAAAAUAUGAUUAAUGAAAAUUUCAAAGGCUUAUUCGAAUCAAGCACACAUUUUGAACUUUUAUUUCCACGUUCUUCAAAGAAAUUUGUUAGAAAUCAAAAAAGGAGUCUUAAACCUCAUACCGAUACACCAAAUCCUAAAGUAAUAAAUAAUGCAGAUACUUCAAAAUCUAACCAUGUUCAACAAGUAAGAAAACAAUCAUUCAUAACAUUGAAUGAAAUUAAAAAUACAAUAGAUUUUGGUGGUACAAGUGGAAAGAAAAAAUGUAUACCCCAUACUAUUACAAGUAAAGAUGUAAUCGAUAAUCAUACAAAUGUAAUUAUUGAAAAUAAUAAGACUAAAUUAAAUUCUAAUGUUAAAAAUGAAUUGUGUCCUCCAUCUGGAUUUAUUUCACUGUCAUCAAGGCCUGAAUCUUCAAUACUUAGGACAUAUGGUCAGCCGUUAAGUGUCUCAAAAUAUGGUAAUUUUUCUAAUAAAGAUCUAAGCACCGUAAGAUUAGUACCUUAUAGUUCAAUUAACCAACCACAAACAAAAGGAGAUCAUAAGCAAUUUUUUAUAAAAAUUAUGAAAAAUAAUGGUAGUACUUCCAAAAGUACUAUUGCUACAGUUUCUUCUGAUAAAAUAAUGAAAGUAAUUCCUACUAAAGUAUAUUCACCAAAAAAUCCAAAGAUUAAUAUAGCAGCUAAAGAAAAUCAAAAUAAAAUACCAUUGUCAAAACCAACUACCCUUCAAUUACUUUUUCCAAAAGAAACUUUAAAAGAAAAACCAGAUCCAGCUUAUUGUGUAAAACGUCCUUAUCGUUGUCAAUAUGAAUUUUGUCGAUUAAUUGUAGAUGAAUCUGAAUUGAUUGAUAAUUUGUAUUGUAGCUUGGAAUGUAAAAAGUUUGAUACCAAACUGAAAAUAGCUAAUAGAAGUUCUGGUGACAUUGAAGAAGCACUGGAAGAAAUCCCAAUAAAACCUGUAAUUGAUCGAAAAAUGCUUUUAGCCAAAUUAAAAAGUAGAAUUAAUAAAAGAAAGCAAAGUUUACCAUCAUUUCAAAAAGAAAAUGAAGCUCAACAUGUUGAUUUGGGUGAAGUUGAAAACCCUGAUAAUGAAACCUACAAGAUGCCACCACCAAUACCAAUAACUGUAAAACGUUCUUUUCAAAAAUCACAAAAUAGAAGAAAAUAUUCAAAAUCAAAUGAACCUACAACAACUGUUCAAAAUGGUAAAAUAGAAAAUGCAAAAAUAUGGAGCUAUUUGGAACACACUGAUUAUAUACCGGCUCCAAAAAAAUUGUUUGAUAAUCCUUUUCCACAUGAUAGUAACCCUUUUAAAGUUGGACAAAGAUUAGAAGGUAUCGACCCAGAACAUGAAGCAUUGUUUUGUGUAAUGACUGUAAUAGAAGUUGUUGGAUAUCGCAUUAAGCUAAAUUUUGAUGGCUACCCAGAUAUAUAUAAUUUUUGGGUAAAUGCAAAUUGCCCAGAUUUGUUUUAUCCUAGAUGGUGUGAGCAAAACUCUCGCACUUUACAACCACCAAAAAACUAUAAUCUGCCAUUCAAUUGGACUGAUUACCUUAGAAUGCCUGGUGUUCUGCCUGCGCCGAAAUGGAAUUUUCCUAGUGCAAUAUCUAUUGUUAAUCGUAAUUCAGAACACUCAUUUUGUAUUGGAUCUAAAUUAGAAGCUUUAGAUAAAUUAACUCGCACACUACCAAAACAGCUUAUAUGUGUUGCUACUGUUGCUGAUAUUUUGGGUAAUCGUAUACGUAUUCAUUUUGAUGGUUGGACAGAUGAUUUUGACUAUUGGACGGAUAUCACAUCAACUAAUAUACAUCCAGUUGGAUGGUGUGAUAAAAAUGGUCGAACUUUAUGUCCACCUAGUGGUUACGAUAGUUGUAGAGGAAAAAAACCUUUUUCAUGGCCUAUAUACUUACAAGUAACGAAUAGUGAACCUGUACCAGAAGAUGCAUUUGUCCGAAGACCAUUACGAGAAUUUACUAAUAGCAUGGCAAUUGAAGUAGUUGAUAUUGCUAAUCCUUCAUUAGUAAGAAUUGCUAAAGUAGUAGAUGUUAAAGGGGAUGAACUUAAAAUACUUUACGAUGGAUUUGAUACCAUAUAUGCAUACUGGAUUGAAGACGAUAGUCCAAAUAUUCAUCCACUUGGAUGGUGCUUAAAAACCAAUCACCCAAUUGAAUUAUUUAAAGUAAACGCAAUACUUUGGAGUUGUAGAGUUCCUGGCUGUAAUGGUAAAGGCAAUACAAAAAGUUCCAAAAAUACUCAUGUAUUUGCCAAAGAGUGUCCAUAUGAAUUUGAGUCAUGGAAAACAUCAAUUUCUGGGAUGACAAAUAUUCCUGAUAGAUUAAAACCUGAAGACAUUCCACUUUCAGUUGAAAAUUUUUCAAAUUCUGUGAGUAUUAUACCUCGAGAGGAUAAAAAAAAACAAAAAUUGAAGUUAAAUAAAAUAAAAAGUUAUAACUCAAACAAACCCAAAAGAAGAAGAAGAAGAAGAAGAAUCAAUAACAAAUUAAAAAAUAAAUUUAAUAAAAAGAUACCAAAUGGUCGUUCUAAAACGGUUUAUACAAGAGCCGUUGAGACAAUGGCCCAAUUAGAAAAUACUAAAGGUAUUAAUGAUUAUACAAGCUAUGGUUAUGGAUCUUUUAAACCUCCAAGGCUUAAUGUAUGGACCAGACAUAGUGUUCUACAAGGUAUACCAAUAUUUAGUACUAUUGAUGCAAGAAAAUGGCUUGUCAAGGAAGUAGCUGAUUUUGUCGAAAAAAUAGUAUCUAAUAAUUACACAGACAAUAAUCUCUCUGAACGAAUCAAAAUAUCUAAAUCUUUUAUAAAUCAGGAAAUUGAUGGCGAUGUAUUUUUAAUGUUAACUCAAAAAGAUUUGACAGAUGUACUAAAAAUUCCUCUUGGACCAGCACUAAAACUGCGCAAUGCUAUUGUUGUGUUAAGACAAAGAGCUUCUGCCUAUGAUAUUGCGAAUGGACUGUUAUAAACAAAAAAAAAGUUAUACUUUUAUGUUGAAAUUUUAUUUCAUUUCUCAUUUUGUAUUUUAUUACUUUUUUAAUUUUUAAAUGUUAAGUAUUGUAUUGUGCAUUUUAAUUUGAUACCUUUUUUUUAAGCGUUUAUGUGCUCUUCACAAUUAAUAAUAGUUACUUUUGUAUUUUUUAUGUUGUAUAAAACAUUUAUAUACAUAAUACAAAAUAAAAAUUUGUUUUCAACAAUUUUAGAAAAUGUUUAGUUACAGAAUGCAUAAUAUUUAGCUGUUUAUUGUAUAUUUGUUUUGAAUGGUUCACAAAACAAUACAUUUUAGAAAAAAUAUUUUUUGCAUAAUUUAUAAAGAUGAUAGGUAUAUCUUUAUUGUAUAGUUUAAUUGAUAUUUUGAAUAUAUAAUUUAUUACAUUCUUUUUAUAUAUCAUCAAAGCCAAUUAUUUAAACCUAUUCUAUUAAUGUUUAUUUUGUUAUAAUUCAAUUUUUGAUCUAUAAUUUGUAAAUUUUUCUAGAAAUUAAGCAUGUUUGAAUUUAUUUGUUUUGCUUAUUCCUUUUUACCGCUAUAUAUAAUUUAAAUUUGAAACUCAAUAACUUAUGUGUUCAAUCUUUUGAACUAAAUUUGUUUUAUAAUUUUAGUCAAAGCUUUGCAACAAGUUAAUGCAACUUUGUAACUCAGUCAAGUUAACUUUUUUUUCAAUUAAGCUAAAAAUAAAAAAUUUACAUUUUAAGUUAUUUAGAUAGUAAUUUAAUACUCCUAUGUCUUAUUUAGUAAAUGUGGAUGCUUAUAUCGACAACCGAAACAAAAACUGUCGUAACGCAAUUUUAUAACUUUUUUUUUCAAUCUGGCGUUUCUAUUUUUCUGGAUUUCCAACGAAACUAAUAGAAGCAUAAAUCAACCAAAGACGUUCUAUACAAUAAGAUGCAGUUACUGCCUUAUAGUCUUCGUUGGAAAUUCAGAAAAAAAGUAAUAACUAAUUGAAAAAAAAGUUUUAAAAUUGAGUUACUACAGUUUCGUUGCGGCAAUCAAUAUUAUGUAUUCAAUGAUCAUCGUAUACAACAGACAAUUUUUAGCUGAGACUAUCUAACAUUUUGGUAACUGACUACUGAACAAUUUUUUAAUAAUAAUAUUAAAAAAAUAACAAAUGUUAGUAUUUUUUUUCUUCAAUUAUUAAAAAAAAAACUAUCUACUAAGAAUUUCUACUUUUGACUAGCCAGAAUACAAACAUUUAUAUGUUAUUCAAAAUAAUUGUACAAUAAGUACACUAAUUAAUCACAAUAAGUACUGAUAAGUAAAUAAUGAAAAAUAAAUGAUACAUUACUACUACA